UUUCCAGACCCACAUGCUGCUUUCUUAAGGGCCUCGAGGGUAUAACAAAAACGAGAUGGCUCAGCGGUUAAGGAUGCCUGUUGCCAAGCCUGUCAAUCUGGAGUUCGAUCCCCGGGGCCGGCAGAGUAGAAGACGAGAACCAUUGCUAGCCCUCUUCUGAUCACAGGUACGCAGUGUGACAGCCACACACAUCCCCGCCCCCCGAUGUGCCCUUUAAUUUGUACCUUAGGACUUACAUUCAGACUUGUCUCCAUUUGCAAAGUGAGAGACGGACUAUGAAAAGUUGAGUUUAUUCUCGAGUCACAACUCGAGUCGCUGAACUCAGCGGUAGCAGGUGUUGACUUUGGAGUCGCCAGUAACUAAGGCACCCGGCCAAGAAACGCACACUGGCUGCGGUCGUGGGGGGUGGAGGGGGGCUGUGUGUCUGCCCCUCCCAGAGGGAGGUGGUCCAGUGACGUAAUUGCGACUUUAAGACCCCUUGCCUCCGCCCUCGCCCCUACUUUCGACUUGGGAAUCUUUGCGGUCUCUCGCAGCCCCUCAACCUCAUCAUGGCCUCUGCCGGUCUGCAAAUCUUGGGGAUCGUCCUGACCCUGCUUGGCUGGGUCAACGCCCUGGUGUCUUGUGCUCUACCCAUGUGGAAGGUGACAGCCUUCAUCGGCAACAGCAUCGUUGUGGCCCAGAUGGUGUGGGAAGGGCUGUGGAUGUCCUGUGUGGUCCAGAGCACUGGUCAGAUGCAGUGCAAGGUGUACGACUCACUGCUGGCGCUACCCCAGGACCUACAAGCCGCUAGAGCCCUCUGUGUCAUCACCCUCCUCGUCGUCCUGCUUGGCCUGCUGGUCUACCUUGCGGGAGCCAAAUGUACUACCUGUGUGGAAGACAAAAAUUCCAAGUCUCGACUGGUGCUCAUCUCUGGGAUCACCUUUGUCAUCUCCGGUGUCCUGACCCUUAUUCCUGUCUCCUGGACUGCCCACUCCAUCAUCCAGGACUUCUAUAACCCUUUGGUAGCUGAUGCUCAAAAGCGGGAGCUGGGGGCCUCCCUCUAUCUGGGCUGGGCAGCCUCGGGCCUUUUGCUGCUGGGCGGAGGGCUGUUGUGCUGUGCCUGCUCCUCUGGGGGGCCCCAGGGACCUGGCCAUUACAUGGCCCGUUAUUCUACAUCUGCCCCACAUUCGGCCAUUCGGGGACCCUCUGAAUACCCCACCAAGAAUUACGUCUGAUGCUUGCUGGGGAGUGAGGCUCUACUGGCCAGGGAACCUUAGGACCCUGAGCUGAGCCAUCGAGAAACAAUGCCUAGGAGUUUUGGGUUGUUUUUCUUGUUUUUCUUUUGCAGUAGCGGAUAUUGAACCUGGGGCCCCACAUGUUUUGGGGGGUAAGCACUCUACCAAUGAGCUGUAUGAUACCCUGCCCCUAGGGUUGGCUCCAUCUGUUUUUGAGACCAGCUCUCAUUACAGAGCUCUAACCAGGCUCCAGUUUUCCUGCCUCAACCCGAGUCCAGACUCUGCCUACCUCUGCUGUUGGCAUUUCGGUCGUGCAUCAGGAGGGGUGACACUUUUAGUCUGUGUCUUUAUUCACUCUGGGCAUCUUCUGUGGAACCUGUUUUGAGACCACUUGUGAAUCUGGCCUUUGUGAACCCCAAGACGGCCUGUUCCAAGGGUUCCCAUUCCUGGAAGGGCAAGUGAUAAGUUACCAAAGAAUUUUCUACUCCAAGUCUUCCAACCUUUGGCCCCUACAUCCCCUUACCAAAGUUAACAUGCAUUCUCCCCCAGAUCAGGUCCCAGCUGUGCGGUAGACCCUCCACCCCCGUUUCUCUAACCUUGCACAUUUCCCUGCCCACACAUUUUACUAAAUAAAACAUGGUUUUUAUAA